UCAGGGAGGGUGUGGCACUCCAAUUACAGGAUGGAAGUUGCAGGGCAAGGGUGUAAUAAGUUUGAGGAAUAAACGGGGCAGGUGGCCAAAGAGAAUGACAUGGAUAUACAGGGAAGUCACUGAUCAACCAAUUUUGACAUUUGACAGGACAAGGCUUAGUUGGUUAGGGUAGGUUGGAUUAAGUAAAGACACAGUGAGGUGGGCUUUGUGCUGAAUUCAAUGCCCUGGACUUAUUACUCCAUGGGUUUUGAAUGCAAAUUAGUAUAUUCCAUAAAUGCUUGUCAAACUGAAUGGAAAACUACUUAAUACUCGAGUAAGUGCAGUUUGCCAGUUCAGUCAACAGUGUAUUCCUCCGAACCCAAUAUGAGCGUAUACUUCUGGCCGGAAGCUCCCUAACGGAAGCGGCAUUCUAGCCAAAAUUCCCCCGCGGAGCGCCUCGAUGGUAGGGCGGUCGUCCGGUUAGGCCACUAGGGGCCGCCAUGUUGGAAACCAGGAGCGACGGCGGCAUCCCGAGCCAUGGCGGCGGCCGAAAUACUGGAGGUGCGGCCGGGCCUCUAUCUGGGCGGGGUCGCAGCCAGAGAGCAGUGUCGGCUGAGGGAGGCAGGAAUCACGGCCGUGCUGACAGUGGACACCGAGGAACCUAGCGGCGACACCGAAGGCCUGCAGACGCUCUUUAUUUCCGCACGGGAUGAGCCCGAGACGGACCUGCUCAGUCAGUUGGACAACUGCUUCAACUUCAUCAGCCGGGCACGCGCGGACGGCGCCGCCGUGCUUGUUCACUGUCAUGCUGGUGUUAGUCGAAGUGUUGCUGUUGUGACUGCUUACAUAAUGAAGUCAGAGAAGCUCACCUUUGAAGAUGCCUAUGGAAACCUCCAGACCAUCAGGCCAGAGGCUAAAAUGAAUGAAGGCUUUGAGUGGCAGCUGAAGCUUUACCAGGCGAUGGGUUGCGAAGUGGACACCUCUAGUGCAAUAUAUAAACAGUAUCGUUUACAAAAGGUUACUGAGAAAUAUCCUGAAUUACAGAAUUUGCCACGGGAGGUCUUUGCUGUUGAUCCCACUCUUAUUUCCCAGGAAUUGAAAAAUGAGAUCCUUUACAAAUGUAGGAAGUGCCGGCGUUCCUUAUUUCGAAGUUCCAGCAUUUUGGAUCAUAGUGAAGGGAGUGGACCAGCAGCCUUUGCUCAUAAGAAAAUGGCACCUUUAAUAAUGAACACCGGGGAUGAAACUAAAUGUACUUCUUAUUUCAUUGAACCUGUUCAGUGGAUGGAAUCUGCAUUGUUGGGUGUGAUGGAUGGACAGCUCCUUUGCCCGAAGUGCAGUGCCAAGUUGGGUUCCUUCAACUGGUAUGGUGAACAGUGUUCGUGUGGUCGGUGGAUGACGCCUGCUUUUCAGAUACAUAAGAACAGAGUAGAUGAAAUGAAAAUGCUGCCCCUUCUUGGAUCACAAACAAGAAAAACAUAAACAACUUUUAAAAAUUUAUUUUGAAAAGAAUUAUUUCUGAUGCCUUUGUUCACAACUAUCACAAGUCUUGUAAUUUGUCGACAAUAGUUUUUUAUUAUCUUUUCAUUGGAAAUGGCACCAGAAAAUACAUCCUUUCAUGUAGGUCAUAUUCUCUUUCUUGGUCAUGGAUAAAAUUUUAUCAAAUGAAUACAAGUGGAAUAAGUUAAAUGGGAACCUAGAUAUUUUUAACCAUAUAAAGACAAUGUUUACAUUAUGAACAUAUAUGCACAUAUAUGUAUGUAUGUGUAUAUAUGUAUAUAUAGAGUAUUAAAACUCUUGUAUUAUAUAAAUA